UGUGUGAAGGAGUGUGAUAUGAGUGUAAUUGUCAUGUAAGAUAUUCGAGAUUUAAAAUAGUGUUUUAUGUUUGAAUUUACCUGAAAACCUCAUUUUCGUGUUGUCUUGUGAUAACAGUUUGUCACUGGCAAUGGCUGCUGAUGAGCCACCAUAUUUAACAGUAGGCACUGAUGUUAGUGCUAAAUAUAAAGGAGCAUUCUGCGAAGCUAAAAUCAAGAAAGUAAAUCGGGUUGUAAAAUGCAAGGUAACCUUUAAAAAUAAUCUGGGUGCAUAUAUGAUUACUGAUGAUCAAAUAAAAGGGCCUUUGAGAAUUGGAGCUGAUAUUGAAGCAAAACAUCCUGAAAAGAAUCAAUUUUUUGAAGCUGUAAUUAAUAAAUUACAAGAUUAUAGCCAAUAUACUGUUGUGUUUGAUGAUGGAGACGAAACUACAUUGAGGCGAACAUCAUUAUGUUUAAAAAGUGGGAGACAUUUUGCAGAAAGUCCUACUUUAGAUCAGUUUCCACUUACAAAUCCAGAACAUUUUGGUACUCCUGUUAUUGGUGCUGGUAAAUAUAAACGGAAAAGGCGAUCUACUAUGAAUUCUUCUUUAGAUUAUGGCAGUAGUGAUGAAGAUUCACUUCCUAGAAAAUUGAAGGCUAUCCGAGGAAAAGAAAGAGAUCCAGAUUUGGGUAAAGUAGUUUGUGUUGAUUAUGGCGACAGACGGAAAAAAGACAGUUGGUAUCCUGGUCUGAUUGUACCACAUCCUGCACAGUCAAAUAUAAAAAUUUCAAAAGAAGAACAUCUAAUUCGAUCUUUCAAAGAUGGAAAAUAUUAUCAAGUUCCCAAAAAAGAUACUAGAGAAUUUAACAGAGAAAUUGCAAUGAAAGUAGACAAUAAUACUCUAAGAACAGCUGUAGAGAAAGCAGUAUUAUACCUGGAAAAAGAAGAAUUACCACCUCAUUGGGACAAAGCUCUUUUUCAAGGUUUAGACUUUCCUUCAGCAGAUGAAGAUAGUCAUGAUUCUGAUUCAGAUUCUUCUGAUGAUGAACCAAGUGAAGAAAAAGACAGAUUUGUUGCCCAGCUGUAUAAAUUUAUGGAUGAAAGAGGUACUCCCAUAAACAAGGCACCUACAGUUAGUAAUAGAGAUUUAAACUUGUAUAAGCUUUUUAAAAUAAUGCACAAACUAGGAGGUUACAAUAAGGUUACAAAUAAAAAUAAGUGGAAGGCCGUAUAUUCAAAAAUGAAUUUACCACAGUCAAAUUUGAAUGGUCCUAACCAAAUAAAAUUUGCUUAUAAAAGAAGAAAACACAGGAAGGAUAAACGUGAAAAUCCAGUGCGAGAAAAAAGAGAAGAUAGAUCUGUAAAAGAUAAAAGAGACUCAUCUAAGGAGCCAAAAGAGGAAAAAACACCAAAAGGAAAGAAAGAAGAUAUUAAAAGUCCUGAAGAGAAAUCUCCAUUGAAGAAAAAACUUGAAAGGCUUGCGAAAGAGAAAAAGGAAGAAAAGGUUGUAAGACCUAGAAGAGAAGAUAAAUCUCCAUCUGUAGAUGUUAGUAAAAAGCCAGUUGAAGACAUUGAAGCAAAGAUUAUGAAAGAAGAAAAAGUGCUGAGAGUUGAAAUAGAAAUAAAGAAAGAAGAUGCUGUGGUAAAAGAUAAACUGAAGCCAAAAUUAAGAGAAAAAAGGGAAGAUACUCCAUUGAGUGAAGAUGGUCAUGAAAUUGUUGAUCUAGAUGUAUGUGAAGAUAAAGAAAGUAUGUCUUUGGAUGGAUUUGAAAAAAGAGGUCCUGGACCAAGGCUCCGAGGCGAUGACACUGAUGAAUCUUUGAAUAAAGGUAAAAGAAGGUCAUUGAAAGAUGAUAGGGAUGAAAAAGAUUCAAUUAUUGGCUUAAGUGAUUCUGAUGAUGAGAGUUUUACCAAUGACUCUGAGAAAGCAUACAAUAAAGAUGUAAAACACAAUGAAAUAGAAGUUGGGGAUCGUGUGAAGGUAAAAUAUGGACGAGGGCGAAUGCAAAAGGUGUAUGAGGCAAAAGUUCUGAAAGUUGAAAUGGAUGGGCCUGACAAACGCUUUUAUGUUCAUUAUGCUGGUUGGAACAUGAGGUGCCUUUAUAUUUUGAAUUAAAUGCAUUUUAGAUUUCUUAUAGUGUUAUUCUUAAUAAGUAAAUGUUAAUAUUGGUUAAAUUAUCGCACAUAUCAUGCUAAGCUAUCCUUUCCUAAAACUAUUAUUUUAAAAUUUUGAUCUGUU